ACUUGCCCUCUGGCUGCUGAACUGCCUGUGUGUGCCAGGCCCAACCCAGCGACCACCAUGGUGAGGCUUGUGCUGCCCAACCCUGGCCUGGAGGACCGGAUUCCGUCUCUGGAUGAAUUAGAGGUCAUUGAAAAGGAAGAGGCCGACUCCCGGCCCAAAUGGGACAACAAGGCCCAGUACAUGCUCACCUGUGUGGGUUUCUGCGUGGGGCUGGGCAACGUGUGGCGCUUUCCCUACCUCUGCCAGAGCCAUGGAGGAGGAGCCUUCAUGAUCCCGUUUCUCAUCCUUCUGGUCCUGGAGGGGAUUCCCUUGCUGCACCUGGAGUUUGCCAUUGGCCAACGGCUACGUAAGGGCAGUGUGGGCGUGUGGAGCUCCAUCCACCCAGCUCUGAAGGGCGUAGGCAUUGCCUCCAUGUUCACAUCCUUCAUGGUGGGCCUGUACUACAACACCAUCAUCGCCUGGGUCAUGUGGUAUUUCUUCAACUCCUUUCAAGAGCCUCUACCAUGGAGUGAGUGUCCACUCAACGACAACCGGACAGGCUUUGUGGAAGAGUGUGCCAAGAGUUCUCCUGUGGACUACUUCUGGUACCGAGAGACUCUCAACAUCUCCACUUCCAUCAGUGAUUCAGGCUCCAUCCAGUGGUGGAUCCUGCUCUGCCUGACAUGUGCCUGGAGUGUGCUGUACGUGUGUAUUAUUCGUGGCAUCGAGACCACUGGAAAGGCUGUGUACAUCACCUCCACUCUGCCCUACAUUGUGCUGACCAUCUUUCUCAUCCGUGGCUUGACUCUGAAGGGUGCCACCAAUGGCAUUGUCUUUCUCUUCACACCCAAUAUUACAGAGCUGGCCAACCCGAACACAUGGCUGGAUGCAGGUGCUCAGGUCUUCUACUCCUUCUCACUGGCCUUUGGAGGCCUCAUCUCCUUCUCCAGCUACAACCCUGUGCACAACAACUGUGAGAGGGACUCUGUGAUCGUGUCCAUCAUCAAUGGCUUCACCUCUGUGUAUGCAGCCACCGUGGUCUAUUCCAUCAUUGGCUUCCGAGCCACCGAGCGCUUUGACGACUGUGUCAACACGAACAUCCUGACUCUCAUCAAUGCGUUUGACCUGCCCGAGGGCAAUGUGACCGCCGAGAACUUCGAGGCCUUUCAACAAUGGUGCAACGCCACCAAUCCCGAGGCUUACGCACAGCUCAAGUUCCAGACCUGUAACAUGAACUCCUUCCUUUCGGAGGGUGUGGAGGGCACAGGCCUGGCCUUCAUUGUCUUCACGGAAGCCAUCACGAAGAUGCCCGUGUCCCCGCUCUGGUCAGUGCUCUUCUUUAUCAUGCUCUUCUGCCUGGGCCUCUCGUCCAUGUUUGGGAACAUGGAGGGUGUGACUGUACCCCUUCAGGACCUCAAUCUCAUGCCUAAAAAGUGGCCCAAAGAACUGAUGACAGGCCUCAUCUGCUUGGGGACAUAUCUCAUCGCCUUCAUUUUCACACUGAAUUCGGGACAGUACUGGCUCUCCCUCCUGGACAGCUAUGCUGGCUCCAUCCCUCUGUUAAUCAUCGCUUUUUGUGAGAUGUUUGCUGUCGUCUACCUGUAUGGAGUGGACAGGUUCAACAAGGACAUCGAGUUCAUGAUCGGCCACAAGCCCAACAUUUUCUGGCAAGUGACAUGGAGAGUGGUCAGCCCACUGAUCAUGCUGGUCAUCUUCCUCUUCUUUUUUGUAGUUGAGGUCAACAAAAAGCUCAUGUAUAGCAUCUGGGAUCCUGACUAUGAGGAGUUUCCAAAACUGCAGAAGGUCCUAUAUCCCAACUGGGUGUAUGCAGUGGUGGUCAUCGUGGCCGGGGUGCCCAGCCUCACCAUCCCCUGCUUUGCCAUCUACAAGCUCAUCAGAAACCGUUGCCAGAAGUCUGGGGACCAACACGGGCUGGUCAAUACGCUGUCCACAGCCUCUGUGAAUGGGGACCUGAAGUACUGAGUGGGCUUAGCCGGUAUAAGGCAGAAGAUGAUGUGUGGAGGAGGGAAAGGGGCAGGACCCUUGGGGGAAGCAGGCUGUAAUGUGUGUGAAUGUGUGAGUAUACAUACAUGUAUUCAUAUGUCACACAGAUGUGUACACAAGUGUUACACAAACAUGUGGGAUACAUAGGCAUGUUUAUGUGUAUAUAGCAGUUGCACACAUGUAUAUAUAGAUGUGUAUGUACAUAUGUGGUACAUAUGCACAAAUGUGUAUAUGUGUAAGUAUGAGUUUGUAUAUGCAUGUUGUGCAUACACACUGGGAGGUGCCUAUAUAUUUGUGUAUACAUGUGUAUAUGCACAUGGGUAUUAUCUGUAUGUUUAUAUAUAUGCUCAUGUGUUAAUACAUAUGUGCACACAUGUAUAUAUAUUCACACAUGUACAUCUAUAAACAUGUGUAUAUAAAUAUAUAAACAUGCUCUCGUAAACCUAUGUGCAUACAUGU